UUGCACGGAUAAUUACGCAGUCUUUUUGCAAACAUUUUGAUAAGAUGCCGACUGCUGCUGUGUUGCUGGCAGAAGGUGCCGAAGAAAUGGAAACUGUCAUUUCAGUUGAUGUCUUGCGUCGUGGAGGCAUAGAUGUGAAGUUGGUAGGGUUACAUGGAAGUGAGCCGGUACACUGCAGCAGAGAUGUGAAAAUUGUGCCGGACACCACUCUGGCAGAGGCCCAGAAGUCAGCUCCAUAUGAUGUAGUUGUCAUGCCAGGGGGAGGAAACGGAGCCAAGAAUCUCGCAGCUUCAUCUGAGGUUAAAAGUCUCCUAGAGUCCCAAGUGAAGAACCACAAGUUAAUUGCUGCAAUUUGUGCAGCACCAAUAGCUUUGGUUAGUCAUAAAAUAAAGCCAGGAUCCAAAGUAACAUCACAUCCAUCAGUCAAAGGAAAAAUGGAGGAAGGUGGCUACAAAUACAGCGAGGACCGGGUUGUGACUGAUGACAAAUUGAUCACCAGUAGAGGGCCGGGAACCACUUUUGAAUUUGCUCUGAAGAUUGUGGAAAUUCUGCAGGGCAAAGAGAAAGCCCACUCACUUGUGGCACCUAUGCUGUUGAAAUUGGGAUAUUAAUGGAUUUUUCUUAUUAUUUGUAUAUUGGUUUUCUGCUUAUUUUCAUGCCACUUAAUUGAUGUUCUAAGCUUUGGUAAUUAAGUUCUACUGAUGCUUUUUCCCCCUAAAGUGGCAUUUGGCAUUCAGCAUUAAAAUACAUAAUAUAAUUUACAUGUAGUAGUGGGAUUUUUGUUUGUUUUAAAUGAUUAAAGGUAGAAAUUUGA